CGCUGGAGAGGAGGCGGAGGCUCCUUAACGGGCGCGUCUGUUGGAAGAGGAUGAACAGCCGCCUGCAGGAGAUUAGAGAGCGACAGAAAUUGCGCCGGCAGCUCCUGGCUCAGCAGUUGGGAGCUGAAAGUGCUGAUAGCAUUGGUGCAGUAUUGAAUAGCAAGGAUGAGCAGAGGGAAAUUGCUGAAACAAGAGAAACAAGCAGGGCUGCUUAUGAUACAUCGGCACCAAAUACCAAACGCAAAUUUCCAGAUGAAGGAGAAGCUGAUGAAGAAGAAAUAGAAGAAUAUAAGGAUGAAGUAGAACUUCAGCAAGAUGAAGAGAAUCUGCCAUACGAAGAAGAAAUUUACAAAGAUUCCAGUACUUUUCUUAAGGGGACCCAAAGUUUAAAUCCUCACAAUGAUUACUGCCAGCACUUUGUUGAUACUGGACACAGACCUCAGAACUUCAUCAGAGAUGUGGGCUUAGCAGACAGGUUUGAAGAAUAUCCAAAGCUCCGGGAGCUCAUCAGGCUGAAGGAUGAGCUAAUAUCUAAAUCUAACACUCCCCCUAUGUAUUUACAAGCUGACUUGGAGGCUUUUGAACUUCGUGAACUCAAGUCCACGUUUGAUGUGAUUCUUUUGGAACCGCCGCUAGAAGAAUACUACAGGGAGACUGGCAUUACAGCUAAUGAGAAGUGCUGGACUUGGGAUGAUAUUAUGAAAAUAGACAUCGAAGAAAUUGCUGCCUCACGAUCAUUUGCCUUUCUUUGGUGUGGUUCUGGGGAGGGCCUGGAUCUUGGCAGAAUGUGUUUGCGCAAAUGGGGUUAUAGGAGAUGUGAAGAUAUCUGUUGGAUUAAAACCAAUAAAAACAAUCCUGGGAAGACAAAGACUCUGGACCCUAAGGCCGUCUUUCAAAGAACAAAGGAACACUGCCUCAUGGGCAUCAAAGGAACAGUCCGCCGUAGUACAGAUGGGGACUUUAUCCAUGCUAAUGUUGAUAUUGACUUAAUUAUCACGGAAGAGCCAGAAAUUGGCAACAUAGAGAAACCUGUAGAAAUAUUUCACAUUAUUGAACAUUUUUGUCUUGGGAGACGACGGCUUCACCUCUUUGGACGGGACAGUACAAUCCGGCCAGGCUGGUUAACUGUGGGACCCACACUCACAAACAGUAACUUCAAUGUAGAAACCUACACGUCCUACUUCACAGCUCCAAAUUCUGACCUAACUGGCUGUACAGAAGAGAUUGAGAGACUCCGGCCUAAAUCCCCACCACCAAAAGAUCGAGGAGGUGGCGCACCAAGGGGUGGAGGAAGAGGAGGAAUUUCAGCUGGCCGAGGAGAAAGGGGCAGAGAGAGAAACCGAACAAAUUUCCGGGGGGACAGAGGAGGGUUUCGGGGAGGACGGGGAGGUGCUCAUCGGGGAGGCUUUCCUCCUCGCUGAAUACAUCCAAGUCUUAUUUUUGCCCUGCCUUAAUACGACAACUUCCCCCUUUUUUAAAAAAGUAUUAGCUCUGCUCUUUUACUUAUUAACAACUCAGUCCAGGGAUUUACAACCUAAAUUUCUUUUAGUGCAUGCUGUGUGAGCCAGCCCAGAUAUGGCACAUCUUUUCCCUUGACAAGCAAUAUCCCUUUCAGUAAGUCUGAAAUCAAAGCAGAGACACCUUGAGAUUGUUUCACUUGUGACUUCAAGAAGUUUAAUGUACCUUGUAUCUUCCUUUAAAAAAACACCCCAAAACUUCAAGCAGUUCUCAUAAACACUGAACAAAAUUCCAUUCUUGUCCAUCUAGACAUUUCUUCUCAGGCUAAUGAAAUGCAGUUUUGGUUCCCACUGCAAUAAUAGAAAAUAGGUGCUAAUGUUAAAAGAAACUAUGGUCAUAAUGACAUUCAAUUAACUUAAGACUCGGGUCUAUUAAUUAAUUUUGUAUGUUUUAAAAGGUGACUGACCUUGAGAACGUAAUGAUUCAUAGAAAGCACAGAGAAGCUAUUAGCAGUAUUCUGUAUAACAAUGUAUAAUCCACAUAGUGGGCCACAUAUAAGCUGCAUGCAACUCUCUAUUACCAUUUUUGCCCUGCCCUGCCACUGCUGGAAUGGUUCCACUAGGAAAAAUCACAGCUAUUUUGCAGGCAAACAAGGCACACAGAGAGAAUGUGCCUUGUUUACAGGCAAGAUCAUGUUCCCAAAAGUGUGAUCCUGUUUGGAAAUAAGAUACACUCACCCCACAUGUGUUGUUUCCCUGUGUAAUUGCUGCAAUUUUGGUGGCUGGCACAGCAUACUCAGUAGGGAUGGGGUGCGCUAUCCCCCAUGGGUUUGGACUGGGGGCAAUGUGCUCCCUUGGGCCCCAGACGUUGUGCACCACUGACCUAAUACAUUCCAGUUGCAUAGUCAGUCCUCUUCAUAUUGCAAAUAGUGAUUGGGUGCCCUUUAAAAAUAGGUUAAAUUCUUUAUUAGUAUCAUCCAAUUUCAUUGGAUGAAAAACUGAAGUUCAGACUUCUUGAAAAAGGCUGUUAUACUAAGAGUAUAAUCUCUUAAACUUAAGUACCAUUGAUCUUACGGGGAGAAAUUCAAGUAUAUGCUUAACCGUUGGAGUCAUUGGAACUUGGGUGUUUCUAGUUUUGUCUGGAUUGUGCUGUAACUAUGGAGAUUGCCAAAAUGAUGAAAGAAAAUUAUUUCUAGAAUACUGUUUGUAAACAUAAAUUUGUUCACUGUUAGAGCAGCCAAAUGAAAUGUUCCAUGUAUAUAAUAGGGAGAAGGGCAGCUUAUUUUUGCCUCUCAGACAGUUUGAAUUUUGUUUUUCUUAAGAGAGCUGCUUAUGUAUUGAUUGUAUAAAAUGGCAUCUGCUCAAAUUUUGGUCAUGCUAGUCUUUAGGAGUCUGACAACGAUGUUGUAAGGACUGAAUUUCAGCUCAAAAUUGUUUGUACUUUGGUUCCUGGAAGCCGGUUUUUAAAUGUCUUUUUAAGUGAAAGCAAUGGAAUUUAUUUUACUACUUUUGAUAAACAUUAUUCUUAUUA